AUGCAAGAACUCACACGCGGUGCCGUAAGCGCUCUUCACAACAACAAUCGCGACGAGUUGAAGGAAGAUCCUAUUCUUCAAGUCCUCAACAUCAAGACUUUGCAAAGCAAUGGCGUCAACCGUCAUAGAAUCAUCCUUUCCGAUGGUGCACACUUUAUGCAAGCCAUGUUGGCGUCCGGUCAUGCUGCGCUUGUUGAAAGCGGCCAACUUACCCGUUAUUGUACCAUUCGACUCAAGGAAUCUGUAUGCAAUGAUCUCAAGGGACGACAGAUCUUGAUCAUGUUGAAUAUCGAGGUGCUUGACAAUAAGAUUACAGAAAAGAUCGGUUCUCCUGUUUCCAUCGAGCAACCCAACUCCAGCUCCAGUGGCAAUCCUUCAACAUCUUCUCCUCAGCAAUCAAGCUAUGGUGGUAUGUCCACUGCUUCGUCAUCCUCCAACAAUAUGCCUCGUACCAUGUCCGUGGGCAGCGUCAGCCAAGACGUCAAUACCUUGCCUAUUUCGGUUCUUAAUCCUUACCAAAACAAGUGGACCAUCAAAGCUCGCGUCACCCAAAAAUCCGACAUCAAGCACUGGUCAAACAAUCGUUCGGAAGGCAAGCUCUUCAGUGUCAAUCUGUUAGACAAAUCGGGUGAAAUCAAGGCAACUGCAUACAGUGAUCAAGUCGAUCGUUUGUUCCACAUCUUUGAAGAAGGCAAGGUUUACUAUAUCUCCAAAGCACGUGUGACCAUGGCACGAAAGCAGUUCUCUACUUUGGACAACGAAUACGAGCUUUCAAUGGAUUCGGGUACCGAGGUGCAAUUGUGCAACGAGGAAACCUCGAUCCCUCAAAUGAAGUACAACUUUGUGCGCAUCGCCGACUUGGACAACUAUGAAAAGAACGCUAUUGUUGAUUCCAUUUGCAUUAUCAAAGAAGACCAUGGCGUGCAAGAAAUUGUUGCUAAGGCUAGCGGAAAACCUAUGAAAAAGAGAGAGCUUUCGGUGGUGGAUGAUUCCCAAAAGCAAGUGCGUCUCACUUUGUGGGGAAAGACUGCUGAGGACUUUGAUUCUUCUGGUUACCCAGUUGUGGCAUUCAAGGGUCUUCGUGUCAAUGAUUUCAACGGUCGUUCCCUAUCAUUAUCCCAAGCUGGUACUUUCAAGGUCAAUCCUGACAUUCCCGAAAGAUUUCAAUUGAAGCACUGGUUCGAGUCUCAAGGAAAUGAUGUUUCAUUUGACUCCUUUAACCGAGUAGGCGGUGAAGGUGGUGCCGUAAAGUCUACUCAACGUGUGACCGUGGGUGAUAUCAAGGAAAAGUUGGGCCAAGGCGAUACGGUUGAAUAUUUCAGCGUACGUGCAACCCUUGCAUUUAUCAGACAAGAGAAUACAUCCUAUCCAAGCUGCCCCGAGUGCAAAAAGAAGCUCAUGCAAGAAGGUGAUGACAGCUGGCGAUGUGAAAAGUGCAACAAAUGCUACCCACAACCUACAUGGCGAUACAUCUUGGGUGCCACCAUUGAAGAUGCAACUGCCUCCAUCUUUGUCAAUAUCUUUGAUGAGCUUGGUGCUUUCCUCAUUGGCAUGUCUGCAGAUGAAAUGCAAAAGCACAAGGAAUCGGAUCCCGAGUCGCACAACAGAUUCUUGAAGAAGGCUAUAUUCAAGACUUACAACUUUAAGGGCAGAGCCAAGUUGGAGUCAUACAAUGAAAACACCCGACCACGAUACACACUCAUGGAAGCAACACCUCUCGACUUUAAGGAAGAAUGCAAAGAAGUCCUUGCUGAACUCGAAAAACUUUCUGCUUGA